AAAAAAAACAUGAAGUUGAUUUAGUACCAGAUUUCUGUGCCUAAGUAAGAGAGAGAGGGGCUGGUAGUUGUUGCACCAGAUCCCUCAGCAGUCACAACCAUUCAUUCCUUCAGAACCAAAGUCCACCACUUAACUAUCUUUACCUACCAAUACGGCAAUACCCUUUCUCUUACAUUUUUUCCUUUUUUAAUUCCCCAGUUCCUUUCUUAUUUAAUUUACAAGUUCCUUACUUUUCCCUUCACACACUCAUUUUUCUUUUCACUCAAAUCAUGGAUUUCUUGCAAGCACAAGAAAAUCAGAUACUUGUGGGUGUGGCCGUGGCCGUUGUAGCCAUUGGGCUUGGUGCAGUAUAUCUCUAUUCAUCCAAGAAGACCAAAGGUUGCUUGGACCCAGAGAACUUUAAGGCAUUCAAACUUGUUAAGCGUGCACAGCUGAGCCAUAAUGUUGCAAAGUUCACAUUUGCACUCCCAACACCUACAUCUGUUUUGGGUCUUCCAAUUGGGCAACACAUAAGUUGCAGGGGUAAAGAUGCUCAAGGUGAAGAGGUUAUCAAACCAUAUACUCCUACUACUUUGGAUUCCGAUGUUGGACAUUUUGAACUAGUUAUUAAGAUGUACCCACAAGGAAGGAUGUCACACCAUUUCCGUGAGAUGCGUGUUGGUGACUACCUUUCCGUGAAAGGACCUAAGGGACGUUUCAAGUACCAACCUGGCGAGGUUAGGGCUUUUGGGAUGCUUGCUGGAGGGUCUGGAAUCACCCCAAUGUUCCAAGUUGCCAGAGCUAUAUUAGAAAACCCUAAUGACAGGACCAAAGUACAUCUUAUCUAUGCCAAUGUUACGUAUGAGGACAUUCUUUUGAAGGAAGAGCUGGACGGUCUUGCUUCUAACUAUCCAGAUCGAUUCAAAAUAUACUAUGUGUUAAAUCAGCCUCCUGAGGUAUGGGAUGGUGGUGAAGGAUUUGUGUCAAAGGAGAUGAUUCAAACCCAUUGCCCUGCUCCAGCACAAGAUAUUAAGAUAUUGAGAUGUGGCCCACCACCUAUGAACAAGGCCAUGGCUGCACACCUUGAAGCCCUUGGAUAUGCUUCUGAGAUGCAGUUCCAGUUCUGAUUCUCUUCAUCGGGGGUGCUUAACAUUGCAUGCAUUUCAUGGCCUUGGCCAUUGAAAAACAUAUAGCAACUUUUUGUUUCUUUUUUUCCUGGCUAUGAAUUUGUGAAACAUUGGACUAACAGUGCAUUUAGUUUCACAAGGUUCUUCAGAGUUGAGGCCUGAAUAAUUGCUUCUUGUACGAAAUGAGAUGUAUACCUUGACCAUGUGCUAGAGUUGCAAACUAUGAAUUAGACUUGUUAGUAUUGACUACAAAUGUCAUCACUUUGGCAUAUUUUUCAAACAGAUGCAAAGGUCUUGCGUUAAGAACUUAAAA